AUGCGCUUGCUGGAUUUUUAUUCUGUCGUGCUCCCCGUGGGGCUUGCGCUGACAGGUGCUGUCAAUGCGGCCGUGAUCAAAACUGGCCAGAAUGUCUGUACCGUCAAGGCCAAUGGCCAUCAAAAAGAUGAUGUUCCGGAUAUCUUGAAAGCUUUCAAAGAAUGCGGUCAGGGAGGUACAGUUAUAUUCCCCGAAGACCAAUCCUAUUGGAUUGCAACACGCCUGAACCCCGUUGUCAGUGACGUGGUAAUUGAAUGGCGGGGAAAGUGGACUUUCUCCGACGACCUAGAUUACUGGCGUAACCACUCUUACCCAAUUGCGUUCCAGAACCACCAUGCUGGAUUCGUCAUCACGGGCGAUAACAUCAAGAUUGAUGGAUAUGGCACUGGUGGAAUUGAUGGCAAUGGCAAUGUGUGGUACACUGCCGAAAAGGGAACUACACUGCCUGGACGUCCCAUGCCUUUUGUGUUCUGGAAUGUCUCUGAAGUUAGUGUGGAGAAUUUCUACGUCAAGGACCCCCAGCUGUGGAGCUUGAAUAUUAUGAAUGGCACCAACAUGCGCUUCAACAAUAUCUACUGCAAUGCUACUGCAGUUGAUGCGCCAUACGGCUCGAACUGGGUACAGAAUACCGAUGGAUUUGACACCAUGGACGUAAACAACGUCCAGCUAACCAACUUCGUCUACCAAGGCGGCGACGACUGCAUAGCCAUCAAACCACGCUCCUACAACGUCAACAUCCACAACGUUACCUGCCGUGGCGGCAACGGAAUCGCCAUCGGCAGUCUGGGCCAAUACCUCGAAGACUCGAGCGUCUCCAACAUCAUCGUCGACACGGUCAAAAUCAUCCGCUACAAUGAGGACAUGCACAACAGUGCCUACAUCAAGACCUGGGUCGGCGCCCUAGUCCCGCAAAGUUCCUACGAGAGCGCCGGUCAGCCCCGCGGCGCAGGCUGGGGCAGUAUCACCAACGUAUUAUUCUCCAAUUUCGAUAUCCAAGAGGCCAAUGCCGGACCGGCGAUUACCCAGGAUAAUGGGAAUAACGGAUCGUACUCCGGGACGAGUUUGAUGAGUAUUUCGAACGUGGCGUUUGUGAACUUUACGGGGACAAUUGAUACGAGUAAGACUACUACGGCGUCGGUUUCGUGUUCGAAUGUGCAUCCGUGUUAUAACAUUGAGUUUGAUAAUGUGGUUUUGUAUCCGGUUAAUUCGACGACUGCUGGGACGGGGACGUGCAAGUAUACGGCGGAUGGAGGGGUUCAUGGGUUGAGUGGGUGUUGA